GGAACAUAGAGCUCCCACUUCCAUCACCUCCAUCAUCAAAGCAUCAUUUCUUGUAUUGGCAGCGAUCAGCACCGCCAGGAUUUGGGGGGGACAGGCUUUCACCCUGGAGCGGUGCACCAUGCUGUCUCAUGCCGACCUCCUGGAUGCCCGGCUCGGUGAGUGGAUGAAGGAUGCGGCUGAGCUGCUGGGGCACCGGGAGGCGGUGAAGUGCCGCCUGGGGGUUGGGGGUUCUGACCACCCCGGGGAUCUGAGCAGCAAUGGGGACCAGGUGGAAGGAACCACCAUGCUCCCAGGAGAGGACAUCACCAGCGUGGGCUCCAACCAGACCUCGAUGGCCAAGGACCCAGACAAACAGCAGCAACAGAACUCCAGCCAGCCGGGCCAGCAGACCCAGAACCAGAGCCAGCAGAAGCAGAAACGGCACCGGACUCGCUUUACCCCAGCCCAACUCAACGAGCUGGAGAGGAGCUUCGCCAAGACCCAUUACCCUGACAUCUUCAUGAGGGAAGAACUGGCUCUGAGGAUCGGACUGACUGAAUCUAGAGUGCAGGUUUGGUUUCAGAACCGAAGAGCAAAGUGGAAGAAAAGGAAGAAGACCACCAAUGUAUUCCGGGCACCCGGAACCCUGCUCCCCACCCCUGGGCUUCCCCAGUUCCCCUCGGCGGCGGCUGCGGCAGCAGCAGCGAUGGGCGACAGCCUGUGCUCCUUUCAUGCCAACGACACCCGCUGGGCCACGGCUGGGAUGGGGGUCUCACAGCUGCCCCUGCCCCCCUCCCUGGGCAGACAGCAGGCCAUGGCACAGUGCAGCCUGGGAGCGGGCCCUCCACCCAGCUCCAUGGGGCUGUCCAACAUGGGCUCCAAUGGUUCCGGCCUCCAGUCCCAUCUCUACCAGUCCUUCCCGGGUAUGGUGCCCACCUCCCUGCAGGGGCCCAGCAAUGUCACCGGCUCCCCCCAGCUCUGCAGCUCCCCGGACAGCAGCGAUGUGUGGAGGGGAACCAGCAUCGCCUCCCUACGCCGCAAGGCCCUGGAGCACACAGUGUCCAUGAGCUUCACCUAAUGCCCCCCUUCACUAUCACCAGCAGGGUAUCCGGCCCCUGGCACUGCUCGGCACCCAUAGGCACCUACAGGGUUCCCUCUCAGUACUUUUUUCAGGGUGCAGACCAGCACCGAAACAAGUAAUGACAAGGACAUGUAAGCUGAAGGAUGAAGAAUUCUAAAAACCUUUACUAACUGCUUCCUGGCAGGACCUUUGAAUUGUGCUUAUAGGGAACACCAGUCCAUAUUGGUGCCAGAGAAUGUGCGUUUGGAAAUGAUGUUGAACCUAAAAUGGAUGGAGGACAAUCUCAGUCACACAGGAAGAUGUUUAUAUCACACAAUGAUCCCAAUGUGCUCCUCUUCCUGCAAUUAAACGAGAAUUGAUACUGUUUUACAGUUUGUUGCAAUUUGAUGUCAUUGAUUAAGUAUUUUACAGGCAGGACUAGGGAGUGAACUAAGUGGGCUAUGGCAGAUUACUGGCAGGGAGGUUGGAUGAUCUAUGGGUUAGCUGCUGUGAGCUGGAUACUCCGGGAUGUCCCACUCUAAAGGUCCCCAAACAUUUUAUCAUCCAGUAGCUCAUUAUGUCAGGGUACAGAUUUUAUAAACAGCACUGGGUUAACACAUCUGGCCACCCAGUGAAUGAGGACUACAAUUCCCAGCAGGGACUGAGCAGAGCUUAAGUUGUGUGGUUGCCAGAUUAUGCCAGUCUCAGUGCCUGGUUUAUUCAAGCAGUAAGCCCACUGAAAGCCAUGUGCUGGCGUAACCCCUUCCAGAACAGAAGAUUAAAAUUUUAUUCAAAUCCCCUAAUGACCCAGUCUCUAGUCUAGGUCUUUACCAGCCAACAUCUCCCCGCUGACCCUAAUCCUCUCACUCCCCUUCCCCAAUUCCUAACCCAAUAGGCUUACACAAUAAGUGCAUUUUCUAAGCACAAUCAUUCUUUCUAAAUAAAAGGGUUGUUCAGAAAUUAAUUUAUUUUAUGGGGACACAAAAAUAUUCUGCCAUAGGAGACACAGCACCCUUUUUGAUAAUCAUUUUUUUUAUUUAUAGGACAAAUAAAUCAAUAUAAAUGCAUUUUAUUUUAUUUUCCUCAAGAGAGGUAAAAGCACUUCAGCUUUCUGAUGAUCAAUUGGCAGCCUGCCUUUUAAAUCCCUCAUCCAUCGCUGCCACUUACCCUGCAUGGACAGCAGGAGAAUGGUACCCAGAGGGCACAUGUAUAUUACCCACCCCGGACUUUGUACAGAGCUUUUUUUUCUGCAUGUGCUGGUCUGUUACCCAGACCCAGGGAAGAGAGGACGAUGUGGAAUAGGAUGUUUUGUGUAGAUAAAGCAUUCUUGUUAUAAUUCUGGUCAGUUUGUGAUCUGUUUUAACUUAUUGUCUGUGCUUAUUUAUUGAUUUUGGGUUUUCUUAAAUGUUCAAGCGAAUAUGAAAACUUAUUAUUUGAAUUUUCUGGACAAGUUUAUAUCAAUUUAAUGUAAAUGAAUUAAAUAAAAUCAUUUUCAGUAUGUGAUCUGGAGAAA